AUGGAUAAAAUUCAGUGUACAUUUCAAAAUGCUAAAUCAAAAGAAGAGCAGGAAAAUAAUUUAAUUGAAAAAGAAGAAAUAAUUGAUAAAUGCACAGAACUUGAUCAUGAUGAAUUAGUGAAGCUAACAAAAGGAGCUAUUCGUAAUAUAAUUGAAAGUGAUCCGUUACUUUCUGGUCUACCGGCGGAUGUUACUAUCGAAGAACUUAAAGCUCAAAUUGCAGUUGCACAAGGACAAGCGAUAACUUUGUAUUUGAAUCGUGGAGAAUUACCAAAACUUGGAAUUGUGGUACCCCCUCACCACACUACAGUCCUAGAUCUCAAGAAAGCUAUAAAACGACAUACAAAUUUAUCUCUGAAGAGGGAGAAAGUUAAAAAAAAGAUAAGUUGGAAACAUAUUUGGAAAAAGUAUCAUCUAUGUUUUGAAAAUGUUAGAUUAAUAAAUGACAAUGAAAAUAUAAAAGCUUAUGGAAUCACAAACAAAGCAGAAUUACAUUAUGUAAAAAGACGCAGAGAAAAAAAUAAAUUGAUAAAACACUCUUAGUUUUUGCGCAAAACGUAUAAACAUUUGUAUUUUGGUUCUUGAAUUUCACAUUUUAGAUAUGGAUUGACAUCUUCUAAAAAGAAACAAGUUAAUUCGAAUGCUGCAGAUCCAUGGAAAUUAGUUACAGUUAAUUUCUUCAAGUUAGGCAUUCUAUAUAGUGCUUCUAGUCCCCUUUCUGUUACAUUUUCACAUUCUGAUAUGUCAAGAUGCUCUAAAGUUGGAAAUUCUACAGACAAUUUAUCCAAUGACCAAUCAUUAAUUGUUUUACAACCUCUGAAGCUUAGUGUUCUUAAAUCAUAGAGAUUAAAAAUAAAAUCAAGAUUUUCAUAUCGUA